CAAUGAGAAGGCAGAGCAUAAAGUCUAUAUAAAGACUUUAACACAGGAAGUAGCUCUCUUUUGGAGAGGUAGGACCACCACAGGAGGACGGGUAAGGUUUUUGCUCUUAGCUCUGACUUCUUGGCUUUCUUCUUUGCAUUGGUUCUGUGUUUCUUAUUUAAUAAGAUGGUUGGUUACAUCUACAGUGUACCACAGGCUUGCCCACAGGGCAAUCUGGGGGGGCAAUUAAGGUUCCCUCUUCCAAAAUGAUGGCAGCUUGUAUCAAGUUGACAGGAAACUAGUCAGCAUGGGUAUUUGUCACAGGACAGUCUGUAGACAGACUCUGCUUACCGUGUCAGAUCAGCUACACUGCCAUUCAUCUCUGUUUCUUCCAACCGUGAAACUGUAACAGGAGCCAAGAAACUGUUAGCAUAGUGACUGCUGACGUCAUCUAACAGAACCCCCUUCAUUUAACAAUUAAGGGAGCAAAGAUGAAGUCACACCCAUCGUGACGCUGAUGAGUGGUACAGCACAGCUAUCGAGUUUUGUUUUGCUUUUUAAGCAUACUAUCCUGUCUUCGUCAUGUACUAGAAGUGACCCAGGAGAAGCCCGGACUGGGAACGCAGCGCUGGGGGAACACAGAGAUCCCGAUACAUCUUCCCCUUCAAAGAUAUCUGUCCCACAUCCACAUCUGUGGUAGAGGAAUAAAGAUGCAACGUGACUCGCUAGCCUAAGCCCCUGCAGUUGUGACCUCCUCUACCACGAUGGACCAAUGGACCAUAACCUUGGGUGAUGAUGCAACAUGACUCGCUAGCCUAAGCCCCUGCCGUUGUGACCUCCUCUACCACGAUGGACUAAUGGACCAUAACCUUGGGUGAUGGUGUGGAUGUACCACUUGCACGCCUGGUGCCUACAAGUCCAGAGGAGGACAACCGAUCGUCUGGAGUGACAGGUGGUGCUGAGCCACCUGAUGUGGGUGCCGCGAACAGAACUCUGUCCUCGGUUGAGCCACCUCUCCAGGCGCCCUGCCACUGCCCCUAGAGACAUCCCCUAGUCACCAGGACCGAGGCCAACCCAACCCCAUGGAUCCCCACAGCCCCAACAAGGCCAGCGCGAUCAUAUCCUCUGCGCAUGCUCACACCCGAGUCUCCGAUUAGUCGCUUAGGAGCGUGGGGAUGUUUUCCCAGGAUGCUCUGCGUUGCUGUCAUGGUUGACCCCGUGUGCCUGUCUCCUCACAGGGGACGCUAGUCCUGUGGGUGUCUGGACGGUACCCUUGGCCACCAGACGCCGGCGACUUUGGUCCCUGCUCCUUUCGCUUCCUCCUCCCCCGUGGGACCCUCGCGGGACCCCGAAUUGGGUCCAGUGAUGCCGGGGGUGACAUGGACUCCAGAGCGGGCGCUUCUGAGGGGCUUCUCCACGGAGGCCGAGCGGCUGUUGUGCCAGCAGGAGGGGCGCCUUGGCUCAGAUAUUGGAGUUUUCUUAGACUUGCUAUUGGAAGGGAGCUAUGAAGCCAUGUUCUUACAUUCAUUGACACGAAAUAUAUUCAACUCCACAAUGAUGGCUGGAGAAAAGAAUGACAGCUACCUGGAGAAGCAGAUAGUAAAUUUCCUGGAUUGCUCUACGGAUUUGGAAGACUUUGGAAGAAUUAAAGAUUUAUUUAUGUGUGUUACUCUGCAAGUGUGUGAAGGAGGCUGUGAAGGCCAGAGGUGAGGCUGUGAGCCACCGUGUACGUGCUGAGAAGCGAAACCAGGUCCUGGAUAAGAGCGAUAGCUACCCAAGAAAACACCAUGAAAGAUACUGACAUCAAGAGACUUCUGUAUACCAAUCUUUUGUGCGUAUUUUCAAUUUUCCUGAGCUUUUUUAUUCCAUCCUUCUUCCUGGAUAACUUCUCAAUACUGGAAACUCACUUGACGUGGUUGUGCACUUGCUCUGCUCUUGUGACUGCUGUCAAUCUCCUGUUAUAUUUAGUAGUGAAACCAAAUGUACCUUCUAGAAGAAGUUCAUUAUCACAUAAGGUGACCAGAGUUUUGAAAUGCUGUAUGUACUUUCUAAUGUCUUGUGUGUUCCUUCAUAUCAUUUUUGUUCUCUACGGAGCACCACUAAUAGAGUCGGUGUUGGAAACAUUUUUAUUUGCAGUUAUUUUGUCUACUUUUACUACAGUACCUUGCUUAUGUUUGUUAGGACCAAACCUCAAAGCAUGGCUAAGAGUUUUCAGUAGAAAUGGAGUUACAUCCAUUUGGGAGAAUAGUCUUCAGAUCACUACAAUUUCUAGUUUUAUAGGAGCAUGGCUUGGAGCAUUUCCUAUUCCACUGGAUUGGGAAAGACCAUGGCAGGUGUGGCCCAUCUCCUGUACACUCGGAGCGACCUUUGGCUACGUGGCUGGCCUCGUGAGCUCACCACUCUGGAUAUACUGGAAUAGAAAGCAACUUACAUACAAGAACAAUUAAGAGGAGAAAGGGGAGGAGAUAUUUCUUUGUGCAGAUUCCAUAAGGACUGUGCAGAAAUGUGUCUGGUCAAAGCCAAGCGGUUCCAUUUACAGCACUGUUGUUUUUUCAAUGUCGUUUCAACAUGAUGUGAUUGUAGCUUUUUAACUAUGAAACCCCUGAGAGAUUGUACCUUCUAGUUGAAAUAAACUAUUUAGAGUAGA